CUACAGCUCUCCACCAGCGCGGGAGGAGGCUGCGGGCUGCGGACUCAGUGCUGGAAUGAGGAGUAAUUGAGCUUAAGCCGAGCCGAGGUAGCGUCUCCUCCCGUGUCACUGCUGCAGCCUCCAGGGCCAGGUCCCUAGGUUCUCAGCCGCCUGGUCCUCCGUACAGAACCGCCCUGCAAAGACACCAAAGGCGCGGCAGAAGUUGCCUGGCACAGGACUCCGGAGGCAUUGGCUCCUUAACUUUUCACGUCAUUUUCUGCUCCGGAGCCCCUUCUCGCCUCUUCCCACCGCGAACCCCCAGAGCUCAUGGGGCAGCGGAAGAGCAGCUUGCAGCACUGAGCCGAACCGGACUCGAGCCCGUGAUGUCCGGCACCAAAUUGGAGGACUCACUCCCUUGUCGCAACUGGUCAUCUGCUUCGGAGCUGAAUGAAACUCAAGAGCCCUUUUUAAACCCCACCGACUAUGACGACGAGGAAUUCCUGCGGUACCUGUGGAGGGAAUACCUACACCCGAAAGAAUAUGAGUGGGUCCUGAUCGCCGGCUACAUCAUCGUGUUCGUGGUGGCUCUCAUUGGGAACGUCCUGGUUUGUGUGGCAGUGUGGAAGAACCACCACAUGAGGACGGUGACCAACUACUUUAUAGUCAACCUUUCCCUGGCUGACGUGCUCGUGACCAUCACCUGCCUGCCAGCCACGCUGGUUGUGGACAUCACUGAGACCUGGUUCUUUGGACAGUCCCUGUGUAAAGUGAUUCCUUAUUUACAGACGGUGUCCGUGUCUGUGUCCGUCCUCACACUGAGCUGCAUUGCCUUGGAUCGAUGGUACGCAAUCUGUCAUCCUUUGAUGUUUAAGAGCACAGCCAAGCGAGCCCGGAACAGCAUUGUUGUCAUCUGGAUUGUCUCCUGCAUUAUAAUGAUCCCUCAGGCCAUCGUCAUGGAGUGCAGCACCAUGCUCCCAGGAUUAGCCAAUAAAACUACCCUCUUCACUGUGUGUGAUGAGCGCUGGGGAGGUGAAAUUUACCCCAAGAUGUAUCACAUCUGUUUCUUUCUGGUGACAUACAUGGCACCACUGUGUCUCAUGGUGUUGGCCUACCUGCAAAUAUUCCGCAAACUCUGGUGCCGACAGAUCCCUGGAACCUCAUCAGUAGUUCAGAGGAAAUGGAAGCCACUGCAGCCCGUUUCGCAGCCUCGAGGGUCAGGACAGCAGACCAAGUCCAGGAUUAGCGCUGUGGCUGCUGAAAUAAAGCAGAUCCGAGCCCGACGAAAAACAGCCCGGAUGCUGAUGGUUGUGCUUUUGGUGUUUGCAAUUUGCUAUCUACCAAUUAGCAUCCUCAACGUGCUAAAGAGAGUAUUUGGGAUGUUUACCCACACGGAAGACAGGGAGACUGUAUAUGCCUGGUUUACAUUUUCACACUGGCUUGUAUAUGCCAAUAGUGCUGCGAACCCAAUUAUUUAUAAUUUUCUCAGUGGAAAAUUUCGAGAGGAAUUUAAAGCCGCAUUUUCUUGCUGUUGCCUCGGAGUUCACCAUCGGCAGGAGGAUCGGCUCGCCAGGGGGCGGACCAGCACCGAGAGCAGAAAGUCUCUGACCACCCAGAUCAGCAACUUGGAUAACAUAUCAAAACUCUCAGAGCAAGUUGUGCUCACCAGUAUAAGCACAAUUCCUGCAGCAAACGGAGCAGGACUGCUUCAAAACUGGUAGAAUAUUUAUCGAUAUGACAAGGAUACCUGAGCGAAACUACUCUUGCUUUUUUUUUUUUAAUCUUUGUUCACAGAAAUUUUAUUGGAAUUAUCUGAAGCUAAAAUGACUUUGUGGACCCAUUUUUGAAAGAAAAAAAAAACCCAUUGAUCUUUGGAAAUAAAAGUCAGUUUAAA